GAAUUAUCUCAAUCCAGCAAGUAUUCAAGCACCUUCCCUGUGUGAGGCAUUUUGCUAAGAGCUGCAGAAGAAUGGAAGAUAGAGGAAUUUUCCAGUUAAAACCACAACAACAGUGGACUGACUUGUCAGGGCCGAGGAGCAAGCUCUCCCUUCUCCAGCUCUCAGCCCUAUGACUCAAGGUUUCACUGAACUGACCAGACCUCUCAUCUGGGGACCUGUCCCCUGCCCUCUGUGCUGCACAUUGGACUUGGUGACUCUCAGGCAAUGCUUGUCUCCUGCUGUUGACGCAUAAUCUCAGAGGACUAUGGAUCAUGCAGAAGAAAAUGAAAUCCUCGCAGCAAGCCAGAGGUACUAUGUGGAAAGGCCUAUCUUCAGUCACCCGGUCCUCCAGGAAAGACUGCACAAGAAGGACAAGAUUUCGGAUUCCAUCGGGGANAGACUGCACAAGAAGGACAAGAUUUCGGAUUCCAUCGGGGAUAAGCUGAAACAGGCAUUCACAUGUACUCCCAAGAAGAUACGAAAUAUCAUUUAUAUGUUCCUGCCCAUAACGAAGUGGUUACCGGCAUACAAGUUCAAAGAGUAUGUGUUGGGUGACUUGGUCUCAGGCAUAAGCACAGGGGUGCUCCAGCUUCCUCAAGGGUUAGCCUUUGCGAUGCUAGCAGCUGUGCCUCCGGUGUUUGGCCUGUACUCUUCAUUUUACCCUGUUAUCAUGUAUUGUUUUCUUGGAACCUCCAGACACAUAUCCAUCGGUCCAUUUGCUGUGAUCAGCCUGAUGAUUGGUGGUGUGGCCGUUCGAUUAGUACCAGACGAUAUAGUCAUUCCAGGAGGAGUAAAUGCAACCAAUGGUACGGAAGCAAGAGACGCCUUGAGGGUGAAAGUCGCCAUGUCUGUGACCUUACUCUCGGGAAUCAUCCAGGUACUAUUCACAGGUGGAGAAAUGGGCUCUCAUUUUUGCCUAGGUGUCUGUAGGUUUGGAUUUGUGGCCAUAUAUCUCACCGAGCCCCUGGUCCGGGGGUUCACCACCGCGGCCGCUGUGCACGUCUUCACUUCCAUGUUGAAAUACCUGUUUGGAGUGAAAACAAAGCGGUACAGUGGGAUCUUUUCGGUGGUGUAUAGUACGGUUGCUGUGUUGCAGAAUGUUAAAAACCUCAACGUGUGUUCUCUAGGCGUCGGGCUGAUGGUUUUUGGUUUGCUGUUGGGUGGCAAGGAGUUUAAUGAGAGAUUUAAAGAGAAACUACCGGCACCCAUUCCUUUAGAGUUCUUUGCGGUGGUGAUGGGGACUGGCAUUUCAGCUGGGUUUAACCUGAAAGAAUCCUACAAUGUGGAUGUCGUCGGGACACUUCCUCUGGGGCUACUGCCUCCAGCCAACCCGGACACCAGCCUCUUCCACCUUGUAUACGUGGAUGCUAUCGCCAUAGCCAUUGUUGGAUUUUCAGUGACCAUCUCAAUGGCCAAGACUUUGGCAAGUAAACAUGGCUACCAGGUUGAUGGCAAUCAGGAGCUCAUUGCCCUGGGACUGUGCAAUUCCAUUGGCUCACUCUUCCAGACUUUCUCCAUUUCAUGCUCCUUGUCUCGAAGCCUUGUUCAGGAGGGAACUGGAGGGAAGACGCAGCUUGCGGGUUGUUUGGCCUCACUAAUGAUUCUGCUGGUCAUAUUAGCCACUGGAUUCCUCUUUGAAUCAUUACCCCAGGCUGUGCUGUCGGCUAUUGUGAUUGUCAACCUGAAAGGAAUGUUUAUGCAAUUCUCAGAUCUCCCCUUUUUCUGGAGAACGAGCAAAAUAGAACUGACCAUCUGGCUCACCACUUUUGUUUCCUCCUUGUUCCUGGGAUUGGACUAUGGUUUGAUUACAGCUGUGAUCAUCGCUCUGCUGACUGUGAUUUACAGAACACAGAGUCCCAGCUACAAAGUCCUUGGACAGCUUCCCGACACGGAUGUGUAUAUCGAUAUAGACGCAUAUGAAGAGGUGAAAGAAAUUCCUGGAAUAAAAAUAUUCCAAAUAAAUGCCCCAAUUUAUUAUGCAAAUAGCGACUUAUAUAGCAGUGCUUUGAAAAGAAAGACUGGAGUGAACCCAGCAGUCAUAAUGGGAGCGAGAAGAAAGGCCAUGAAGAAGUAUGCCAAGGAAGUUGGAAAUGCAAAUGUGGCCAAUGCAAACGUUGUCAAAGUGGAUGCAGAAGUCGAUGGAGAAGAUGCCACGAAGCCUGAAGACGAGGGUGAUGAAGUAAAAUAUCCCCCAAUAGUCAUCAAGAGCACACUCCCUGAGGAACUGCAAAGAUUCAUGCCCCCGGGGGAUAACGUCCACACCAUCAUUCUGGAUUUUACGCAGGUCAACUUUAUUGACUCUGUUGGCGUGAAAACCCUGGCUGGGAUUGUAAAAGAAUAUGGAGAUGUCGGUAUUUAUGUGUAUUUAGCAGGAUGCAGCGCACAAGUUGUAAACGACCUCACUCAAAAUCGAUUUUUUGAAAAUCCUGCCUUAAAGGAGCUGCUGUUCCACAGCAUUCACGAUGCAGUUCUAGGCAGCCAGCUUCGGGAAGCGCUUGCUGAGCAAGAAGCCUCGGCUCCUCCUCCGCAGGAGGACUCGGAGCCCAACGCCACUCCUGCCACUCCAGAAGCAUAGAUGAGCAACUCAGCUGGGAUGGGGUAUGAGCCUCUCAUGACAUUACUCAUUGUUACACAGCUUAAGUCCUAGACACUAGAUUUUUUUUCCUAGGGGUAAAUACUAGUAGUCAAAGCUUGAUUUGGAGGGUGAAUGAAGCAUAGCAAGAUAUAUCUUACUUGUGGGGGUUUUUUAAUUGAAUAUUUCAAAGAUAAACUGUCCUCUAGCCUGCAUUUCUUAUGUGGUGACAUUUUUUUUUAAUUUAAAUUCAAUUAGCCAACAUAUAGUACAUCA